CACGUGACUAGCAACCUAAACAAUAUUUUCCAGGGGGGAGCUAACGUAACGGUGAGAAGAAGUACGCUAACUACUCAAUUUUAACAACAGCAUUCCCCAUCCGUUGUACACCUCGCACACUGGGAUGUGACGGCCAUGGCAGUAAUUAGUCUUCGUACUUUCAGAGAGCGGAUCAUCAUGUCGAGGAGGGAAAAACCUGUCUACAUUUCAAAAAAGGAGAACUGCCCCGGUUCGCUGAGCUGAAAAUGGGAGCCAGUGCUUCAUUAUCGCUCUGUAGCGACGUGUCUUCAGUGAGAAUUGUGAGGCCCAGCGCCAAGAUCAGUCCAGAGCCCUUCAUUCCCACCCUGGUUACGGAGCCUGAAGAGGCACCCAGGUGUGUGUUUGGUGUUGCUUUGGAAACACUGAGAGAGGAAGGGCAGAUGGUCUGUGGAAUACCCCUUGUGUUAAGAGACAUGGUGGAUUACUUGGAUAGGAAUGGAAUACAGCAUAGAGGUCUGUUCCGUCUGUGUGGGUCAGUGGUGCGAACCAGGCAGCUGAGGCAGCGGUGGGACAGUGGUGAGAGGGUUGACCUGGACCAUGAGGCAGAUGUCCCUACUGUAGCAUCUCUACUAAAACUCUUCCUUCGGGAGCUCCCUGUUCCUCUCAUUCCUGAGCCUCAGCGCAAACAGCUGGUUCUGUUCAUAACAGGAUACACAGAUGAGGAGGAGAUGAACCAAAGUCUGAGAGAAAAACUAUCCCAAAUCCCUGAUGACAACUUCAAUAUUUUGUCUUACCUCAUCUGCUUUCUAUCCAGAGUGGCCACUCACAGCCAGUCAAACCACAUGCCUGUGGAAAAUCUGGCAACCAUCUUUGGACCUUGUAUAUUUCAUGUUGCAGAAGGACCCAGGAUGCUGGAGGAGCAAAGUGUAUGCAAUGCCCUGUUGCUCCAUCUCCUCAGGCAUGCAAAGGCUCUCCUUCCAGCCCCAGCCGUGGGCUCCUCAAUUGCCUCAACCUCACCUCCUCCUCCUGUCCUCUCUGCUCUUUCACACUUUGAGGUCCGACCCAGCAGCUGUUACUCAGACCACAGCAGCGUCCCCAGGUUUGGGGUGGAGAAUGCCGUGUCAUCAACCAGUCCUGCUAACCAGACAGUACGGCUGCAGACUCACCUCAAAAGUACUGACACACCGGUGCAGGGCUGUGAAAACAGCUUUGACGUCAGCAUUGACAUUCAGAAGCUGAUUGCAGACCAGGAGGUUCUGGAGGAGAAGAGUGAAAGUGUGGAGGCAGGCGGUGUGCUCUCCUGCCCCACUGACCCAGGGCCAGGGCAACAUCCACCGAACAGACCAUCUCAAAGCACACAGGGGGAGCUGCCAGAGAUGGAGUGUACCACCCUGGGAACCUUAUCACAGGUGGAGGUGUCCUCCAUAGCGAAGAAAGAAGACAUGUAUGAAGUAGACAUGGUCAAAGAUGGAAAGGUCCUUUCCUCAUCUCUCAAUGAUGACUGUUCUGCGGCUUCUGCAGACACAGGCCACCUGUCAUCUAUUUCAGAGAAUGAAACACAGAGCAAUGCCCAAACACCGAAGCAGCCCACAGAGAGCGUCUCUUUCACCUCUUUCACCAAGGCAGAAGACAAAACCACAGUGUCUGAAUGGAAGAGCCCCUCUCUAAAGCUGCAAGCCCUGGGGGCUGACUUGGGACCUCCCUUAGCAUCAGGAGACCCUGAACCUCAGGAUAACUUACCUGCUCAGCAACAGCCUCUGUCUAAUGAAUCGCAAAGGCUGAAUGUGACCCACAGCCUGCCAUUAGCGCCUUCUCAGGAACAGCAGACAGUCGACUCAUCACCGCCUGCACACACCCCGUCCCCGCAGCUGUCAGAUUCCAGUCCUGUCCAUUCCACUUCCGCUUAUUUAGAGGAACUUUCUGGAGAGGAUACACUACCGAGCCCAUCAGGCCCUCACGCCAGCCCACUCCUUUCCCGUUUUACGAUGACUGACUGUCCAGUUCCCUCGCCACGUUGCCCCAACCUCAGCCACAGCCAACGCUACAAUCUAGACCCCGACACAGCUCCAUCUCCACCCUGCUCACAGCACAUACGCAUGGCUCGCUGCAGUGUCCUUACAGAGCGAGACGAGGGCACCGUGUCCAUCUCAGCUCUCAACAGGCACAUCCACACGCUGAGGAAGAGGAUCAGGCAUUUUGAGGAGUGUUUUGAACAGGAGAAGCAUUAUAAGCCAGCACACAAUGACAAGACAGCACAUCCAGAGGUGGCCAGACUGAUGAAGGAGCUCAUCAGGUGUCGCAAGCAGCUUAAAGAGCUGAAGCUAAGGCAGUCAGAAGAAGCUGAAACAUGCAGGGGCAAUACAGACAAACAGGAGGCAGUACCGACAGGAACUGAGCUCCAGCAGCUGAACAACAACAGCAACGCCAAGCCAAACGUAGAGGAAACGGUGAACAUUAUAACAAACAGGCUGAAGGAAAGACGGCAAGAGCUGGGCCUGCCCGACAGCAUUAAGGAGAUGUCCCCUUUUCAGAUGAGUAUGGAGAAGACCAGCAUGCAGAAGUGUUUGUUGUACUUCGAGAGUCUUCACGGACGGCCGAGCACCAAGCAGGAGCGAACUUUGAUGAAACCUUUCUACGAUCGCUACCGUCUUCUCAAACAGCUGAUUUCUUCCUCAGCCACAGUAAACAUUACAACCAUUGAGGAAGAGGAGGGCUCUGAUGAAGAGCAUCCCAAACAGAGAAGCCCCAGGCAGCAGCCGCUGUGGUUAAAACCCUCCAUGUGCGUGUCCUUAGAGGAGUUGCAGUGUCCGCCCUCCCUAGAAAUGUCUGAAUCGCCUCUGGUAUCGCCGCUGGAAGAAGUUAAGGUUCUCCACCCGCAGAUUAUCACUAUGGCAACACUACAUGAAGCUUCCAGACCAGAAUUACUCGAUCACCUCAGGCUGACUCGAUCAGAAAAGCAGAGGGUUCACCAAGCGCUUCGAGAGUUUGAGGACCAAUUCUAUGCACAGACUGGCAGGGCAUGUCAGAAGGAGGACCGUGGACCAAUGGCGGAGGAGUACUGCCAGUAUAAGAACCUUAAAGCGAAGCUCCGUCUACUGGAAGCCCUGCUUAGUAAACAACAGGACUCAACCAAGACAAGUUGAGUUACUCACAGUGGGACCUUUUUCUCUAACUUAACAGGACUCGAUCAUUUCUGAAAUAAAUCAGGUCAUGAAGCCGGUG